GUCGCAGUUUGGUCGGAAAACCUGGGAUAAGGGUUUUUCCGUCAAACUGGUUAUGUUGUCAAUGGGGGGUUUACAGUCCCCCAUUCUUGAUGAGGUUGGUACCUCUAGACUCGGAAUCGUAUGAUGAUGUCGAUUCGAGUGUUUAAUUUCUGUUUGGGGGUCGGAUUACAUGUCCUUAACCCCAGACUCUGAUUGUCUGCAUGUACGUGUGUGUUUCUCUGCAGAUUUUGAGAAAAUUUCUUCCCAAGGUAAUGCUGGAGACAGGGCCGUCCCUCAACACGAGGUUGGGGGCGCCGCUGUUGUGCAUGACAUGCCUCCCAUCUGCUUUAUUAGGAAGCGGAGAAGCAGUAAGAAGAAGUCUGGGAGUGUGGUGGGCACCCUUACAGAGAAUGGUCCUCUCGUGGAUGCAUGUGCUCUUACUGACGUCGAGUGGGCCGAAGCCAGACACAUGGCCGGUCCUACUGUUGAUAUCAUGAGACCUGAGGCAGGGAGCCCGACGUCCUCCUGUUCCUCCGGAUUUUUCGCGGUUCAUCUGGACGCGAUGGACCAUGGGUUCCGCUUUCCGUUGCAUCCCUUCUUCGUGGAAUACCUUAACUGGGUUGGUCUGCUACCAUGCCAGGUAACUCCCAACGGUUUCUACUUGAUUGCAACUUUUCUCCUGCGCUGCCGCGUUCUGGGCCUGAACGCCAGUGUCGGCUUGUUCAGGCUUCUGUUCCAAAUCGGGCUCAACAGUUCGCUGGAGAACCAAGGCUAUGCCCUUAUUUCUCAGAGGCCCGGUAGGAGCGGGUUCCGCCACAUCCCGCUCCUCGCCCUGGGUGGAGGCACCAGUUCGUGUUCAUUUGCACUGACAGGAGGGAUGGUUCCCCCUUUACUGUCCCAGGUUCCCUGAAUUUCAACAUGCACGAUGCUGGCGUGCUAGGCGAGUUUGCCGAUGAUGUGGGUACCUACGUCGGGUACGGUGAUAAUUAUAUCACCUCCUUUUUGCCCGAGGAAAAGAUGGUGGACCCGGGUUUCACUUCUUUCACUGAGGUUCCAGUUGAGGACCAAGGGGUUGCCGUUGGUGCGGCACCUCAAAAUGGGGAUAAGGUUGGCGCCCAGGAGGAGGCUGACAUCGCUGCGGCCAUUGCUGCAUCCCUGGCUAUGGGACAGGGCUCUGGUGAUGGGCCACUGCCUCAGAUGUGUUGGGUCCACAGUCCUCAGGUGAAGAGAGCUUUUGCCCACAUGUCUCCUCCCAGGUCCGAAUCUUCAUAGGAUGAGGAGCCCGCGUUGGAGAGGAAGAAACCCUUUGGGAUGGUGUCUGCUCCUGGGCUUUUGAAUUCUGCAGGGAUGGUAGAUCCUGCCAAGGUUGAAGUUGAGCCGGUCAAGAGAAUGGUAGAUCCUGCCAAGGUUGAUUUGGAGGCAGAUCCUGUCCAGCCUGCUGUCGUUUCACCAGGUAUAUUCCAUCUCGACUAUGGAUUGUCUCUCUGUAUUGUGCGCCGUCGUGGUAAUUUUACCUUCCUGGUUUUUUCGUUACAGGCAGUGCCAACCUGUUUGAUCUCCUUGACCUUGCCCAGGAGGGUGGGAGGAAAACCCAGCCCUCGGCCGGUGUUAAGUAUGCUGACCGGUCCCCCAAAGGCUCCUCCUCCUCCCAGAGUUCAGGGAAUGGAGGUAAUGAUGAUGCUACUGACUCUCCCGACUCGGGGAAUGCCCGUGUCAGUGACGGCGGUGACAAGGAGACUAUUGAAACCGUUACCGUGGCCGCCGCCGCAGCGAAUGUCGGUACUGCCCCAGCACCUGACAUGGUCAUGGGCUUUGGAUGAUGAUGAUGAAAAGGAGACAAUUGAACAGCUCCAAAGCCGUCUGGGUUCAGAAGCUGCAGGUCCCACUAGUGUCACCCCCAAGGGUGGGGAUGAGGUCGACAAGGAGACUAUUGAGCAGCUUCGGGUCCGUUUAGGCUCAGAUCCUGCAGGCCCCAGCAGCGCUGCUCCGGCUAGUGGCCGGUCCAAGCGUUCUAUAGCCAGGGGAGUGGCCCUCCUCAUGAUUCUGCCAGCACGAGGAAAAGGCAACCCCUCCAUUUCUCUCUCCGGGAUGAUCAAGGCUUCAUCUCUGAAGAUGCUGGGGCUAUGGAUCUGCUGGCAGGGCUGAGGCUACCCUGUGAUACUGAGAUCCUUGAUGAGAUGGAUACUCCAUUUGUUGCCAAGGAACUUACAUCCAGCGCCUUUAAGGCUGCCGUGUUGGGCUAUGAGAUGGCUCUCAGGGUAGAGGAUGUCGAGCUCAAGGCGAGGGUAGCCGUUCAGAAGAGGGCGGAUCUCCUCAAGGGCAGACAUUUGGCCGAGCAGGCCCUGAAGGUUGCCCAGGAGCAGAUUUACGAGCUCAAGAAGAGGGCUCAAGAUGCUGAGGCCCGGUUCCACGAAUGCCAAGCGCAGUUCGGGGCUCUCAAGGAGACGGCUGAUGCGUCCUUCCGGGCUCUUAGUGAUACGGAGAUUUAUGCACGAAGUGCUGAAGACCGGGCCCGUGAUGCCGAUGAGAGGGCGACCACUGCUAUUGAGAAAGCAAAAAUCGCCACGACCGAAUGGCAGAGGAUGAUAGAUGUCUCCAGCUUGGCAAUGAAGGAGAGGGACCGGCUUAAAAAGGUUCUUGCGGUCAAUGAGGCUGAGUUGUGCUCAUCGAGGUCCCGGUGCUUGAUGUUAGAGGAUCAGCUCGUGGUGGUUACCCGGGAGCGCCGCGAAUGGGAAGCGGACCACGACAGGGUGGCCCUUGAGCUUGAAGACGCCCGUUCCCAAACUAUUAAACAGGGGCGCAUCCUGGAGAGGCUUAGGAAACAAGCGGAGGAUGCCAAGGCCCGGGUGGCUGGGCUCGAGAUUGAUCUCGCCUCCCGAGAUGCUGACCUGGGUAAGCUGAGGGAGGAGCUUUCCGAGGUUCGGCUUGAUUCCGGGCAUGUCAAGGCACGGAUAAUGUCAUUGGAAGCCGAGAUGGCUGCCACACAGAAGAAGCUGGAAAAUUAUAUGGUAGGGCAUUCCACAGCUGUUGAAAGAGCGAAAGGUGGCGCUGUAUCUGAGUUCCAGGCCUCGUGCUCCACGGAUCCGGCCUCUCCCUCAGCUGUCAACUGGCUUCAUGGGGUCAUGGGCAAGCACAUUAACAGCUGGUUGGCCACGCCUGCAGGUCUGGAGUUCGUGCGAGAGCAGUUUCUGCCUACCCUGUAGUAUGGGAAGUUCCAGAUGCAGAAGGAUAUAUAUGACACACUUUAUAAGAACCUGCCUGGCUUCAAGCCCAAGAACUAUAAGCUACCUAAGCUCAUGAAGCACCCUCAGACUGCCCCCAAUCAACAACUCCAGUAUUCUCUGACGACUCAAGCAUAACCAGUCGAAGCCGGCGAGGAGGUAGAGCAGAAGAAGAAGAAGAAGAAGAAGAAGAAGAAGAGGAAAAGAAAAGAAUAAAUUCCCCCUCCCCUUAAUCUUUUCUACGAAUAUCAGGCUGUUGGGACGUUGUUAUAAAACUCUUGAAUCACCUUUGGAUUUGCUUGGGUAUAAUAUUUGUUAUCCUUCUUUUCUUAUUUCAGUUUAUUUUCCUUCUCUGUGUUUGUUGCCUUUUCGUGUGUGUCUGCAUAUUUGCACAGAAAUUUGCUCAGUGGGGAUAGGCCAUGUAUACAUAUCUGGCUUGUCCUCCUUUUGAUCUGAGCUCAGCAUGUGUUUGUUGAGUCUUAGUAGUUGCUUCCAGCAGAGGUUGCUUUAGUCAGCCUCGUUUGGGUAAGGCCUUGCUUGUUCUUUGCUAUUUAACCUAGCGAUGAAUCUGCGUUUAGUUAUCCAUGCUGCAUUCUGCAUGUUGCAUGCGUUGUGCAGUAAUGGGACCUCGAGGGCCCAUUACUGUACAGUUUGCCAGUAGCAAUGAUUGCUAACUGUUGGAGCUUUUGUCGGAGCUUUUGGUCUUGGCUUCACUUUGGAGUUUUAGGCCGAGUUUCUUCUUUGGAGUCUGUAGCUUUUCUUCUUGGUGCCCUGUGCUUCACAAAGCGUUUGGGAAUAGUUUUUCUUUUUAGGAAAAUGGUUUGAAAAUCUUCCUUGAUCGGAUUUCUAUCCCCAGCUAGGGUUGUGUGUUUGAUUGAUGUGUUGGACAGGUGAGGUGACCUUAUUAUUUAAGGUCCCCCUCUGUCUGCUGACAUGGGCUUGUGUAAUGAAGAGCAUUCGCCCUAUUUGUAGUGAAAAAGCUUUAGUUUUGUUGCUGCAGUUUUCACUCGCUGUGAGUGACUGCUGCGAAGGUAUUUUUGUUUAACAAAAUAUCCCGAACAACUUAUAAUGUACAAACAGAACCUGGGAAGUAGGCUCUGAGUUGUUCGCCGGGCUUGAGAAGUGGGCCCUGCAGUUAUAAUCCGAGCGCGAGAUCUUUUAAGCGAGCUCGGCUGGAUUUCGCAGUAGUGCGUUGUGGUGCAGCCGGACUUUAAUUCCAGACCGUUUUGGCUUUGUGCCGGUAAUUUUGAUAACGACCUCCUUCCAGACCGCGAGAUAUGGACUAGAGCUCGGCUAUGCGUGAUUUUGAUAACGACCCCCAGCGGUGUCGGAAGCGAGAGGUGCGGGCAGUCGGACUUUAAUUCCAGACUGUGGCAUUUCGCCAUCAAUUCAGGGAGCCUCUCCACCUUCCAGACCGCGAGAUAUGGACUCGAGCUCGGCGCUGCGAGAUUCAUGCGAGAGCUCGGUGGGUCGGAAGCGAGUGGUGCUCAACCUAGGUCAGGACCAUCAUGUAGCCCAGCCUUUGGCGUAGCGCCAUCAAUUUAGGGAACUGACCUCCUCCCAGACCGCGAGAUGUGGAGCAGAGCUCGGCGCUGCGAGAUUCGUACGAGAGCUCGGCUGGAUCGGGAGCGAGAGGUGCUCGACCAAGGUCAGGACCGUCAGGUAGCCCAGCCUUCGGCAUUGCGCCUCUAUCUCCCCCCGCCUUCAAUGCUAAAGGGGGAGACGCAUAUUCGUGGGGUGCGAUGACUUAUAAAAUCGGCUCAAUCCCAAAUUCGGGAGCCGCAUUGAGCUGUUAUCCCAGCUUUGUGAGGAAGGAACAAGGAUUUAUUUAGAUGCCUUGACUUCUUCGUUCGGGAGCCGCGUUGAGCUAUUAUCUCUGUUUUGUGAAGAAGGAACAAGGACUUGUAUAGAUGCCUUGGCUUCUUCGUUUGGGAGCCGCGUGGGGCUAUUGUCCCUGUUUUGUGUGGAGGGCUUACAGAAUGGCCUCGGAGAUCGGGAGCCAUUGAGGGUGUUAUUCCCAGAUAUGGGAGGGCUUACAAAGUGGCCUCGGAGAAUUGAUCGCAGACUAGAGAGUCCUCGCUUGCGAGGGCUUACAAAGUGGCCUCGGCUUAUCGGAGUUCUGGCUGAAGAGCCUGUGUUUGCGAGGAUUUACGGAGUCACCUCGGCUUUGGGGCUCGGCUGAAGGAGCGUGUGUCCUCGAGGGAUUACAAAGUGACUUCAGGACUUGGAACCGCUGGGGUUAUUGUCGUCGAGGUCUUACAAAGUGGCCUUGGAAUGAGUGGGCUGAAGGGCCUGCGUCUAUGGGGACUUAUUAAGUUGUCCCGACUCGUGUUACUGUUGAGUGUGGACGGGAAGGCUUAUAGUUUGCUUCCAAGGAGAGUUCUUUAUUUAAACCCCUCCUUUAUUGAUUUUGAUGGUAGCUGUGAACAACUUACAGUGUGCGGCUGAGGCCGCUAUCAGUGACCUCGGAUGUCCAAUGCUAAUGAGUGCGCAAAGUCUCCGUUUGGCGAGGGCUCAUUGUCUCCUUUACAGCGAUGGGUCACUGGUAGUACCUCACCAGGUGGUGGACGUUCCAUAAUCUAGGAACCUCCGUGCCUCUUGGGGUGCUCAGUUUAUAGGUUCCGGGCCGGACUACAGUUGUGAUGAUGUAGGGCCCUUCAAAUUUUUUGGCCAUCUUCCCCCCUUCAUUAGGCUGGCUGGCCGCCCGUUGCCUGAGGACGUAGUCCCCCACUUGGAACUCCCGACCUCGGACUCGAGAGUCAUAGUAGCUUUUGACUUGGCGUCUGUAAUUUUUCGACCUCAAGAAUGCGUUUUCUCUCCUUUCAUCAACAAAGUUGAGAUCAAUCCGCAUGUUCUGUUCGUUCUGCUCGGGGUCAUACGCCAGGACCCGCGGGGUCGGAAUUGUGACUUCUGUGGGGGCUUUGGCUUCAAAGCCGUAACAGAGUGAGAAUGGAGUCUCACCCGUUGCUCUACGGGGAGUUGUUCUGUAAGCCCACAGAAUGUUAUGGAGUUCUUCCACCCAGCCUCCGCCUUCAUUUCGAGCUUCUUUUUUAAGCCCGUCAGGAUGGUGCGGUUGGCAUUUUCCACUUGUCCGUUGCACUGAGGGUAAGCGACGGAGGCUGCAGUGUGUUUGAUUCCCCAGCUGGCCAACAUAUCCUGGAAACCUUUGGCCUCGAACUGAGUACCGUUGUCGGUGGCACACCGAAGCGAGUGAGGAUGUUUUUGUGGAUAAAUCGCCUGCACUGCGCCUCGGUUAUGUUGUCCAGUGGUUCUGCUUCUAUCCAUUUGGUGAAGUAAUCAAUAGCGACUAUGAUCCACCUGCAGUUGCCAGUGCCUCGAGGAAGUUGACCCACGAGGUCUACGCCCCAUCUGGAGAAUGGAAUUGUCGUGCUUAUGGGGGCGUAGUUCACUGCUGGGUGUACCGGGGCGUUCUGGAGUUGCUGGCACGCGUUGCAAGUGCGUGCCAUCCGGGCGCAGUCCUUUACCAUGGUAGGCCAGAAAUAUCCUUGCAAUAGGAGUUUUCUGGACUUUGAGUGAGGGCCUUGAUGUGCUGAGCAGACCCCGUCAUGGAUCUCCUCCAUGGCCAGUUUAACCUCAUUGGGGUUGAGGCAGCGUAGGAGCGUGCCGUUGUAAGACCUUUUGUAUAGCACACCAUCGAGGAGGGCGUAGGUCGGAGCUCGGAGCUUGACGAGCCUGGCCUCGGCCUCACCCUGGGGCCGUUGCCCAUUGUCAAUGUACUAUUUUAGGUCAGUAGUCGAGUCCCUUGGGACGGAUUGUACCUGGUGUAUGAGAGUCUGUUGUAUGCUUGGUGUUGACAGUUCCUCCACCUGAGCGAUCUUAGAGAUGUGCUCAGGAGUGUCCGAGCUCAGUUUGGACAGGAUGUCAGCUUCCUGAUUCGGAGCUCGUGGUAUCUGCAGGAUUUCAUACAUCUGGAAAGUUCCCAGGAGCUCCAGUGCGGAAGCUUUGUAUUCUUUCAUCCUGGCCUCCUUUGUUUCACAGGAGCCUUUGAU